AUCUGCGCGCGCACCUCCGCGCCGCGGCUUUCACGAAUCGCACGCUUGUUAAUUACGAAUGUGUUCUUUUUGAAAAUUUAUCAGCAUCAUGUUUUGCUACAGAAAUUUAUUUAUUUUUUGCAUUGUUUUUUGGAUUUCAUCGGUUUCGCCAAUUGCCGAUAUUGAAGGUGAUGAUGAAGUACUACACUUGAUCGGCGAGCCAGACUUUCGCGACGUGCGGCUCCGAUGGGAGUACGGGCGAGUUGAAGAGGACCAGCCCAAGCUCCUGGCCUUCCAGGUCAACUACUGCGAACUGCAGGCCUGGGGCCAGUACCGCUGCCGUACUAAGGUCGUCGAGAACAUAGAAGACGAUAAAGCACGCACCAUCGAAUCAUCGACGACGCCUGCGCCGCGGCGCGGGCGCGCGUAUAGCACGCGCGUCACGGGCCUGCGCAUGGCGACCACCUACUCGUUCGAGGUGCGCCCGGUCAGGCGCGACGCGCGCGACCUCGCCGACCCGCACUCCAUCGGAUCCAAAAUCAUCAUCGUGCCGACAAAAGGAUUUUCAGCUCGAGCGACUCAAUGCUUACCUCACGCCAGCGAGGUGGAGGUGUCAACCGGACCGUACUUCGGCGGGCGCAUCGCCGUGGAAGCCGCGGACGGCGGCAGCGGAGCCGCCGAGCGCUGCUCGCUGCAGGGCAAUCCCAACAGUGCCCAGGACGCUUACAUCCUGCGAUUCCAUCAUGACGAGUGCGGCUCUGAGGUCAAUGACACUACGGUCGCUACUUAUGUCAUCGUGCAAGAGAAUCUCCCGAUACUUACGCAUAGCACAAGACGUUUCCUGGUACUCUGCACAUACAAGCCAGAGACCCUGACCGUCCGCGCCGGCAUCAACCUGCCCAAGGCCAACCCCGGCGACGUGCUGCUGCAUACGAAGCCCCACCCGGGCUCCGUGGAGCCCUACGACGACGAUGAUUACAAUGAGCUGCAGCCACUUAGGCUAGAAGCGAGGAAGCAGGACAGCGAGUCUAGUAUGUUCGGCGAAGUGUCUCUGGUUAUGUUCUUGGUGGUAGCCUCAUUCGGCGGCAUCGGACUCCUGAUUUGGAAAAUGGUUCCGCGGUCAGACGGUGACGACGUGUCCAUUUCGACCGUGUCUACCUUGUCUCGCAGCAGCAUCUUUGGCAGGAGGAACAGAGACAGAUUCUCUGACGGCACAUCUAUUUACUCUAUCACAUUAUCAGAAAAAGACGACGAUUAUGUCAAGAAACCAUGCGAGGGCGAUAACACAUCUGAAGCUUAAUCUUGUGUUCGUUUUACAGUGUGUUUUGAUCUAGAUUGUAGCUAGGUAAUCAUACUUAGUUUUUAUUGUCUAACGGACCUUGUGGGAAUACAAGGGAUGGGACAAACGGUGCCGUUAGGUUAAUCCUUGUCGGGACAGUUGGUGCUCAACCGCAGUAACCUAAUAGCAGAGUAAUAUACAAUUUAGGUACCUACUCGCAAUAAAAAAACAUACCUAGAUAAUAAAAUGUGGUGUUAUAUAUAAAAAGGCACGUGAUUGCCGUAGGCGCUUACGGUAUUGUUAACGAUAAGUACUUAUGCCCAAAUGUGAUGCUGCACGACUUAGGUACCUAUAAGUUAAUAAGAUUGGUGCGGCCAGAAAAUGGGCUGAUGAUGUUGCUUGUCCAUAAGGAUCUUGUUAAUAUGAAAUCUGGAUAGAAUCACGAAUAGUUAAAACAAAUAAUUAAUGGUUUGUCUAAAAGUACCUGUUUUAGGAUGACUAGUAUUUUGCACACAGCUUUGGUACGGUAAUAGCUGUCAUCUAAAUACAAUUUACCUAUAUCCUUAACACGCCCCAAAUAAACGCUUAUCUAUCUAUCUAUCAUGGCUUAUGGCGCGGCGGGGUGGCGAUGGUGGUUGGAUGGCCACGGUGUCGGUUUUUCGUCCGCAUAUCAAAGGUAGUGGGCCAGCGAUGGUGCGUAUACGCAUCCACACGUGGCCCAUUCCAUAGUGCGUGCUCCCAACCAUCAUGGCUAUCUCGCUGGUCCAGCGCUGGGUUAUCGUGUAGAGGAGCCAUAAAAGCAUAAAUUGUAUUGAGAUGACAGCUGUCACCAUACCCAAGCUAUGUGAAAAGUAGUAUAGAACUAGAUUUUACUCUAGUAUUUUUCUCUCAUUGCUAAUAUAAUAGAAGAUAUAGUUAGAGUCAACCCAAGAAAAGUCUGCAGAAAUUUAGACAGCACACGCAGCAGGUGUUAUUUUAAACGUCAAACUUCUAUGAAAUUACGACGUAUAAAUAACACUGGCACUGCGUGUGCUGUCAAAAUCUCUGCAUGCUUUUCUUGGUCUAACUAGUAAAAAAACUAGGCCAGUACCUAGAUAUUUAAAUCACUUUAAGAGCUCACUCCUCACUCAGCAACUGCUACUUUUUACUAAGUUUACAAAUGUGCUUAACCAAAUAAAAAUAAUUAUUAUAAUAAGUGCGUGAUCUGUUGUUACUUUUAAAAUAACGCUUACCUUUUACACCUACCUUUUUAACCCUUUAAACGCCUAAAGUCGUAGUGAGAAGUCAUGUUCACAGAGCUAAUAUUGUAUGGUUGAUAUUGGCUAAAUUAGCUCGCUUUCGUCUACGACCUUGGCGUGUGAGUGACAUUUUAUGUAUGCCGUUCC